AUGGACGCUGUUUUGCGCUGGAUCAGCGAGACGCCCAACGGCAUACUUACUAGGAUUGCCGUUGCCUUUUUGCUGGUCGCCUUCUUUUCCCUCUACGCCGGCCUACACCUCGUCGCACCCAAGCCCCGGCCCGUAUACCCCCGCGAGAAACACUACAAGACCACGACUGGAGACGGAAAAUGGGUUCUCAAGAAGCUGCCCUGCUGGCAUGACCGCUGGCUUGCUGAGCGCCACGCCAGUGAGACCCGUACCAAGGAUGACGCCGAUGUGUACAUUCCCGACACGGGCAACAUCGAGCCCGCCUCCCUCCGCCUGAGCGUCGUCAUCCCUGCCUACAAUGAGGAGAAGCGUAUCCUGCCUGCCCUCGAAGAGGCCGUCAAGUACCUCGACGCCAAGUUUGGCAGAGAAGUCGCUGCUGCCUCUGGGGUCAUUAGCCCCACGACCGCUGCCCACCGGCGCAUUAAGAAUCCGCCCCAGGAGGAGCCGGCCGGCGGUUACGAGAUCCUCAUUGUCGACGACGGCUCGACCGACAAGACGGAGCAGGUGGUGCUCGAGUUCUCCGAGAAGCACGGCCUUCACGACGUCCUCCGCCUCAUUAAGCUGGAUAAGAACCGCGGCAAGGGCGGCGCCGUGACCCACGGCAUGCGCCACGUCCGGGGCGAGUACGUGCUCUUUGCCGACGCCGAUGGCGCCUCGCGCUUCAGCGACCUGGGCAAGCUGAUCGAGGGCUGCGACGACGUCAAGGACGCUGGCGGGCGCGGCGUCGCCAUUGGCAGCCGCGGCCACCUCGUCGGCAGCGAGGCCGUGGUUAAACGCUCGGCCCUGCGCAACUUUCUCAUGCGCGGCUUCCAUGUGGUCCUCAUGAUCCUGACGCCGCCCGCCACCUCGCGCCUCCGCGACACCCAGUGCGGCUUCAAGCUCUUUUCGCGCGCCGCCCUGCCCCACGUUGUCCCCUACAUGCACGCCGAGGGCUGGAUCUUUGACAUUGAGAUGCUCAUGCUGGCAGAGUCGGCCCCCGCCGUGCCUGUCUUGUCCAACGACGGCGCUGUUAUUGGCAGCAGUCCCGGCAUCAAGGUUGCCGAGGUCCCCAUUGACUGGCACGAGGUUGACGGUAGCAAGCUCAAUGUCAUUCAGGACAGCAUCCGCAUGGCCGUGGGUCUCGCCGUUUUGAGAGCUAGCUGGAUGUUUGGUGUCUACAGAAGACGCCUUACUUGA